AUGAAUAGCCAGCAGAAAAGGGACCGAAACGUCUUCGAGGAAACUAUGAGCCUCUCGAGGAAAAAACAGAAGCAAAAGUCUACCGCCUCUGGCAGCGGAGACCAUGUGAGAGAUCAAUCGAGGGUCCCUCACGAGGUUUCUACUGGUCUGAAUCGGUCUGAAAAGCCUGGGGACAACCCUGCCAGACAGCACCAGGAUCGUUCACCCGCUAAAAGAUUUUCAAAACCCGUCAAAGGAGCUCCCCCGCCUCUUCCACCGCUACCACCUAUCACAGACUAUCUCGCAAAACAAAUCUUCACCCACCAAUCUGCCGCCCACGGCCCCAACAUCACAAAAGUCUCCCAGUCUUACGAACGCCUUGAGUUCCUUGGGGACGCUUAUAUUGAACACAUAGCCUCUGACCUCAUCUAUAACCGCUAUACAGAUUUUCCCGCAGGAAGACUCUCACAGCAGCGCGAAGUUUUAGUCAAAAAUGAGACCCUGGCGCAAUUCGCCGUUGCCUAUGGAUUUGACCAGCGCCUCGACAUCAAGCGCGAAGUGAUUGAAAGGGAGAGUAACCAAGCUAAGGCGUGGACGAAGAUCAAGGGUGACCUAGUGGAGGCAUACGUGGCUGGCAUUGUUCUAUCCGAUCCAGAGAAAGGGUUUGACACUGCGAGGGAAUGGCUGUGUGCGCUGUGGGAGGAAAAAUUAAGGCGAGAGGAGGCGAGGGAUGUGCAGGGGGUGGUAGAUCCAAUGGCUAAGAGUGAGUUGAGCAAGAGAAUCAUUAGCCCAGGGACUGUUCUAGAGUAUGUUGAGGAGGCACCUUCGCAGCAGGAGAAGAAGGCUGGCAAGGUCUGGUUUUCGAUCGCGGUGCUCUUUUCGGGCUGGGGGUUUGAGAAAGAGAGAUUGGGAGGUGGGAAAGGUUUGAGCAAACAGGAAGCCGGGCAGAGAGCUGCGAGCGAGGCGUUGGGAUCGGUCAUCACGGCGCAGAUUUCGAGGACUAAAGCCGCACACGAUCAGAAGCGUAAGGAGGAAAGGGAGCAAGCAGAGGCGGGUGACGGAGCUCUGAAGACUGUUGAAGAACAUCAAACCAAAUGA